GUCGGGAACGGGGAAUAUGAUGAACCGUUGAUACUUGGAAUCACGAGCUUGAAGCUAAUGCAAAACAUCGGUUCGCUACAGGAUCGCGAAGCAUUUCUAAUUUUUCACUUGGAUGCUACUUUCAAGCUGAGCGACAUCGGUUACCCUGUUGUUAUGUGCGGUUUCACCGAUCGCCACCGAAGCGGUAAUCUCGUGUAG